AGUUGGCUCUUGCAGUGACUGAUCAAAUACUGACGGGGAAAUAGUCACGAAUGGUGGUAAACAUCAGAUAAGCAAACAGCCAAUGGGAUAUUCAGAGCUGUAGGCAUGAUUUUUUUUCAUCGACCAAUUGCUUUAAAACGACGUCGGAAUAGGAAAUAAGAAGAGGACUUCAGUAACCGGGGACCAUAACGCACCAGUUACGCAUCUUUUCUAUUUUCAUCUGCACCCACAUCUCUCAGUUCCCGGAUCCCCUGCAGCUGUGGUGUCUUCAGCACACGAACCCCUACAGCGAAAUGACCGAAACGGAAACCAGAAAUCAUCACGAUGGCAAGCAACAGAACGGAGAUGCCAUGGCAGAAACAUCGACGGUAGAGGAUGUUUUUGACGACACCUAUAAAGAGAAAGAAGGUCCCAAACCGCCGAGGAUACUAGUAUGGAGAAAUAUCAUACUUAUGUCCCUCUUACAUUUCGGUGCGCUUUAUGGAGUGACCGUCAUCCCUUCCGCAUCGGCGUUAACUCUUGGCUGGACUGCGGUGUGCUUCCUCAUCAGUGCUCUUGGUAUCACCGCUGGUGCACACAGAUUAUGGAGCCACAGAUCCUACAAGGCCUCCCCCCCUCUGCGAGCCUUCCUCGCUAUCGCCAACUCCAUGGCCUUUCAGAAUGACAUAUAUGAGUGGGCAAGAGACCACCGUGUCCACCACAAGUAUUCUGAGACGGAUGCAGACCCCCACAAUGCCGUGCGGGGGUUCUUCUUCGCCCACAUCGGUUGGCUGCUGGUUCGCAAGCACCCUGACGUCAUUGAAAAGGGUAGAAAACUGGACCUGUCAGACCUGAAGGCAGAUAAAUUUGUCAUGUUACAAAGACGGCACUACAAGCUCUCUGUGUUGAUAUUCUGCUUCUUGGUGCCCAUGUUGGUCCCCUGGUACUUCUGGGGUGAAUCCCUCCAUGUGGGAUACUUCGUCCCUGGACUCCUGAGAUACACAAUGGUUCUCAAUGCCACCUGGCUGGUCAACAGCGCUGCACACAUGUGGGGCAACAGGCCUUAUGACCUCACCAUUAACCCGAGGGAAAACCCACUGGUAGCUUUCAGCGCCAUAGGGGAAGGUUUCCACAACUACCAUCACACAUUCCCCUUUGACUAUGCCACCAGUGAGUUCGGGUGCAAGCUCAAUCUCACAACUGCCUUUAUAGACCUUAUGUGCAGCCUGGGUUUGGCCACAGACCGUAAGAUAGUGUCAAAGGAAAUCAUAGCUGCACGCAGGCAGCGGACGGGUGAUGGCAAAAGUGGCUGAGCCUCACCAGCUUAAAACUGUUAAUUGAUGCAGAAAUGACGAACCAAGACCGAACGUAGCAACAGUGAUAGCAGCAUUUCGGUGAGGCAGUAGUAGUGGUGGAGUGGUGAUUACCAUGCUUCUGAUUAUAAGUUAAACCUCUUCCAGAGACUAAUAUUGGCUUUAAAGAGUCGUAGACCUUUGCAUAAAUUGUGUGGGUCUUUUGUUUUGAAGUGUCCUCGCCUCGCCACAGCCAACAAUUUGGCUACACCUGCAAGCACAGCUUUUUCACCAUAAUAUCAAACAGGAGCAAAGAUAAUUUGGGGGGGGGGGGGCUAAUUGGGAUUUAGGUCUCUAUUGGCACAACCAAACCAGUCUGAGCAGUGUGUCAAAGCAGUGAUUAUAGAAUAAUUAAUCUCUUAUUUAUUCAUGUGCUAUUUAUUAAUAGUCUUUGGGAGCUUUAUUGAAAUCCUUUAAUAGUGAGGUUUCUCUACAGGCAAGGUUUAAUCGUGUCUGUUUAUUAAGGGUCUUUGGUCUAACUUCUGUCAGUAGUGCUUUGUUUCACUCCGCAGGGAGUACAGUUUGAUCUCGAUAUUUGUUCAGCUUUUUCAAGCUAAGGUUUUCUUUUUUUGGUAAGCCAGUAGUCUUACUAAACCAUAAGCUGCUGUGUUCAAGGCCAACACAGAGACAGUCAACACACUUUUGAACUGUGCCCGUGUGUGACAUCAGAGCAACCCAGAGCGAAUUCAGUUCAAUCUGUUAUUUCUCACCAAAUGUUUCCUGUCCAAGGGGCUUUUGUUAACGAAAGUCUUCAUGAAGGAUGAAGUUCUCUGGUGUAACACAAUGUAUACCUCUGGUUAAGUAGUGAAGCCGCCUCGGACUCCUGCAUCCAACCUCUUCACUGAGACAUCUCUGCACAAGCAUAAAACCAGAGUUUUCACUCUUAAUCGGACAAGAGAGAAUUAUUUAUUUUUAUUGUGAAUCUAGAUAUAAGCUCUCCCUCAGAUAAGGUCAAUGAGGCAUUUGUAGGAGGUGCAUUAGCCUUUUGUGCUGUCUGAUAUUACUCAAAACAUAUAUCAGGACUCUUGCCCAAAUGCCUUAUAAGGGUAAUAUAUUGUACUUUUCAGUUGCACACUUGUUUAAAAAAUUUGAGUGCAAGUUAUGGAAAUCAAUUAGGGCUUAAAUUUGCUGUCUAUUAAAAGCUGUGUUGUGACUGUCUGUAAGGAACUCUUGAAGAAGUGAAAUCCCUUAUUUAUAUUACAAAAGAGGGACCAGUUAAAAAAAAAAAAAAGAUAGGUUAUUUUGAUUUAAUCUUUGAAUAAGCCAAAAUAUUGCUCCUAAACAGGAUAUUGUUGUAAUACUUGACACACUCUCUUUUCCAGUACAACCAUUUUUACAGUGUUAACUUCUUGAAGUUUAAAUGCCUUAAAAAAUGGCAAAUUUUUUCAAAGAAUGUUUUUGCCCACUGUAUGUACCAUAAAUAAACCAAAUUUUCUACCUGUGACAAAGUAUGUUUUGCUGUUUUUGUUGAAUUUCUGUAAUACUCCUUAUUCGUAUACUGAAUAAAAAAAAUUAUGAGCAUACCA